AUAUAAAUAGAUAUAGAUAUAUAUUAUCUGUAUCUAUAGGUUUCUUAGGGUUUCGAUUUUCCGUCUACUGAUAUAGAUACGUAUUAUCUGUAUCUAUAGGUUUCCUAGGGUUUCAAUAUAAUUGAUUUAAUUGUAACCUAUAGAUAUAAAUUAUCUGUAUCUAUCUGUCUAUUAGUGUUUUUUAGGGUUUUAGUGAAAACUGUUAGCUAGUGAUACUGUAGUGUUUGGAAUUUAAGUUAGUGCAUGCCAUGGCAUCAUACAGACCAUUCCCUCCCCCGCCGCCACCGCAAUCGAAUUUCGGACCGCCACCACCUCCCCCGGUUGGUCCGCCACAACCGAAUCAGUAUACUCAAAAUUGGGGAUAUCAGAAUUCGACUUUUCAACCGGGUGGUUAUGUAGCUCCACCACCACCACCACCACCACCUGUUAACCCUGUUCCGAAUCAACAACAGUUUACGUCGUACCCACCGCCUCCGCCGCCGCCUGAGGCGGCGUAUCCGCCGCCACCGCCACCUUCCCAGCCUGCACCACCUGGACAAAUGUAUUUUCCGUCUUCGCAGUAUAGUCAGUUGCAACAACCGCCACCUCCACCACCUCCGAAUUCCUCUCCACCUAGCUCAUCUGUCCCACCGCCUCCUCCCCCACCUCCAUCACAUCCGCCUUCGCCUCCCCCACCUCCUGCGAAUGUGCCUGUAAAUAACCAAGUUAAGGAAAGUAAACACGAUGGGUAUAAAAGGCAGUCGAAUGAUAUGGAGAAAUCUAAAUGGCGUGACCCGGCGCUUUCCCAUCAUGCGGGUCCGUCUAGAAAUCAGUCCAAGCCUGCUCCUUUGCCGCCUAUGCCUGCAAGAAAAUCAAGUAAGGUCGAGACUGAAGAAGAAAGGAGGCUACGUAAGAAGAAAGAAAUGGAAAAGCAAAGGCAGGACGAAAAACUUAAGCAGCAGUUGAAGGAAUCUCAAACUAAAAUCCUCCAAAAGACCCAUAUUUCAUCUUCGGGGAUCAAGCCGCAUGGUUCGGUUAGUGGCUCACAUAUGGGUGAUAGAAGGGCUACAUCAUUCUUGAGCGGUGAAAGGAUAGAGAAUCGCCUGAAGAAGCCAACGACCUUCCUUUGCAAGUUGAAAUUCCGGGACGAGUUACCAGAUCCAACAGCUCAACCAAAGCUUCUGUCUAUUAGGAGAGAUAAAGAUCGAGCUGUCAAAUAUGCUCUCACUUCACUGGAAACGGUGCAUAAGCCUCACUUGCAUGUUGAGCCAGACCUUGGGAUACCACUUGACCUACUUGAUCUCAGUGUCUACAAUGCUCCAAAGGAUGAAGUACUACAUAUUGCUCCUGAAGACGAGAGAUUGUUGCAGGAGGAUGUUACUUUGACCCCUGUUAAAAAAGAUGGGUUAAAAAGAAAGGAGCGUCCCACGGAUAAAGGGAUGGCUUGGCUUGUCAAGACGCAAUAUAUCUCUCCUCUUAGCACGGAUGCAACAAGACAGUCAUUUGAAAAACAAGCGAAAGAACUACGGGAGAGGCGUGGAAAUGCCCUACUGGACAACCUUAAUAGUAGGGAAAGGAAAAUCAAGGACAUCAAGGCUUCAUUCGAGGCUUGCAAGUCGCACCCAGUUCAUGCAACUAACAAAAAGUUGCAGCCUGUCGAAAUUUUGCCAUUAUUUCCUGAUUUUGAACGGCUGGGUGAUCAAUUCGUUGUUGCAACCUUUGAUGGUCCUCCUACUGUUGAUUCAGAAAGCUACAACAAAAUGGACAAAGCUGUUAGGGAUGCCCAUGAAUCUCAGGCUGUCAUGAAAAGUUUUGUGGCAAGCACCUCGGAUGCAGCUAAACCUGACAAAUUCUUGGCUUACAUGGUUCCUUCGGUUGGCGAGCUAUCAAAGGAUAUAUAUGAUGAAAGUGAAGAUAUAUCUUACACGUGGGUUCGUGAAUAUCACUGGGAUGUUCGGGGUGAGGAUGCAGAUGAUCCUACGACUUUCUUGGUGUCAUUUGGGGAAUCAGAGGCUCGCUACAUGCCUCUGCCAACAAAACUUAUAUUAAGGAAGAAGAGAGCGAGGGAAGGAAAGCAAAGUGAUGAGGUUGAACAUUUCCCCGUACCAGCGAGUAUUACAGUGAGGCAAAGAUCACGUGUUUCAGUUGAAAUGAAGGAAUCUGAGAGUUAUGUUGGUUUGAAGGGCAGAAGUUCAAAUUCUAGACAUCAUAGUAGAAUGGACAUGGAAGAUGAUGUAAAUCAACAUCAUAAUGGCAUGGAGGAUGAUGGUGAUAUGGACCAGUUUAGUGGAGGCGAAUACGAUAUUUCUGAUUGAUAGUGAAAGGGUAAUUAUUUUGGAAGAUAAACAGCAAAAGUUACUGCAAAAGGGGGAAGAUUAAACAGGACAUCCAUAUUCUGAAGGUGCGGGGUUGUUCUUUUUUCUUAAUUUAAAUGUUUACUCUUUUGGCCCCCCUCUGUACUGUUUGCAUUUCAUCAUAACACGCAGUUAUGUUCAGAGAAUAUGUGUACAUUAUGUAAUGCAAUUUUAGCAAAUUUAUUUAUACAAGCAUUUGUUUUUAAAAAGAA